AUUCAGAGAUACACUAUUACAGAUUUGAUGACACAUUUCAUUUGGUUUCCUUCUCAUCCAUGAAACAUGCAGCUGAAUAUCAAUGUGACAGAGGUCAUUCUUCUUGGCUUGACACAGGACCCCAGUAGAAAGAACAUAGUGUUUGCCAUUUUCCUGCUUUUUUACAUGGGGACAUUACUGGGUAACUUGCUUAUCAUUGCUACAAUCAAGACAAGCCAGACCCUUGGGAGUCCCAUGUACUUCUUCCUGUUCUACUUAUCCUUGUCUGACACCUGCUUCUCUACAACUGUAGCCCCUAGAACAAUUGUGGAUUCCCUGCAGAAAGAGGCCACUAUCUCUUUCACAGAGUGCAUAAUUCAAAUCUUUACAUUUCAUUUCUUCGGCUGUCUGGAGAUCUUUAUCCUUAUCCUCAUGGCUGUUGACCGAUAUGUGGCCAUCUGUAAGCCCCUGCACUACAUGACCAUCAUGAGACGCCGGGUCUGUGGGGUAUUGGUGGCCAUAGCCUGGGUGGGAUCCUGCGUGCAUUCUUUAGUUCAGAUAUUUCUGGCCUUGAGUUUACCCUUCUGUGGUCCUAAUGUGAUUGAUCACUAUUUCUGUGACUUGCAGCCACUAUUGAAACUUGCCUGUUCAGACACAUAUUUGAUCAACCUGCUUCUAGUGUCCAACAGUGGAGCCAUUUGUACAGUGAGUUUCCUUGUGCUAAUGCUCUCCUAUGUCAUUAUUCUUCAUUCCCUAAGAAAUCACAGUGCUGAAGGGAGGAGGAAAGCCCUAUCUACCUGCGUAUCCCACAUUAUUGUGGUCAUCCUUUUCUUUGGACCUUGCAUCUUUAUAUACACAUGCCCUGCAACAACAUUUCCUAUGGACAAGAUGAUAUCUAUAUUUUAUUCAAUUGGAACACCUCUGCUCAAUCCUCUGAUUUACACACUGAGGAAUGCAGAGGUGAAAAAUGCCAUGAAGAAGUUGUGGAUAAAGAAAGCCGUGUCAGAUGAUAAAAAGUAA